GCCGGGCUGAGCGUUGCAUCCCACCGCCGAGACCCGCCGGCCCUCCAGCCGCGGCCCCGGAGCGCACGGACGAUGGCGAAGACUACGUCCGGCGCCGCGGGGCUGCGGCUGCUCUUGCUGCUGCCUCUGCUAGGCGAAGCCCCUCUGGGCCUCUACUUCUCAAGGGAUGCUUACUGGGAGAGGCUGUUUGUGGACCAGCCAGCUGGCAUGCCCCUGCUGUACGUCCAUGCCCUGCGGGAUGCCCCUGGGGAGGUACCCAGCUUCCAUCUGGGCCAACAUCUCUAUGGCGCCUACCGUGCACGGCUGCAUGAGAAUGACUGGAUCCGCAUUCAGGAAGACACCGGCCUUCUCUACCUCAACCGGAGCCUGGACCAUACCUCCUGGGAGAAGCUCAGCAUCCGAAAUGGUGGUUUCCCCCUGCUCACCAUCUUCCUCCAGGUCUUCCUGUCAUCCUUGCCCCUACGUGAAGGCGAGUGCCAGUGGCCGGGCUGUGCCCGCGUGUACUUCUCCUUCAUCAACACCUCCUUCCCAGCUUGCAGCUCCCUCACACCCCGGGAGCUCUGCUUCCCAGAUACAAGCCUCUCCUUCCGCAUCCGGGAGAACAGGCCCCCUGGCACCUUCCACCAAUUCCGCCUGCUGCCCAUGCAGUUCCUCUGCCCCAACAUCAGCGUGGCCUACAGGCUUCUGCAGGGUGAGAGUCUGCCCUUCCGCUGUGCUCCCGACAGCCUGGAGGUGAGCACACGCUGGGCCCUGGACCGCGAGCAGCAGGAGAAGUAUGAGCUGGUGGCCGAGUGCACAGUACACACUGGUGCGCGUGAGGAGAAGGUGAUGGUGCCCUUCCCGGUGACCGUGUACGAUGAGGACGACUCAGCACCCACCUUCCCUGGGGGCGUGGAUUCCACCAACGCGGUGGUGGAGUUCAAGCGAAAGGAGGGCACUGUGGUAGCCACACUGCGUGUGUUCGACGCGGAUGUGGUACCGGCAUCUGGGGAGCUGUUGAGGCGGUACACAAGCACGCUGCUCCCCGGGGACCCUUGGGCCCAGCAGACCUUCCGGGUGGAGCACGCGCCGAACGAGACCUUGGCCCAGGCCAACACCAGCUUCGUGCGGGCAACUGUGCAUGACUACAAGCUGGUUCUCAACCGGAGCCUCCCCAUCUCAGAGAGCCGAAUCCUGCAGCUGGCUGUGCUGGUCAAUGACUCAGACUUCCAGGGUCCCGGGGCAGGUGUCCUCCUCCUCCAUUUCAAUGUGUCUGUGUUGCCCAUUAGCCUGCACCUGCCCAGCACCUACUCCUUCUCCGUGAGUAGGAGGGCCCAUCGUUAUGCCCAGAUUGGGAAGGUCUGUGUGGAAAACUGCCAGGAGUUCAGCGGCAUUCAGGUCCAGUACAAGCUGCAGCCUUCCAGUGCCAACUGCAGUGCCCUGGGCGUGGUCACCUCAGUCAAGGAUACAUCUGGAACCCUGUUCGUGAAUGACACUGAGGCCCUGCGGCAGCCUGAGUGUGCAGAGCUUCAGUACACAGUGGUGGCCACCGACCGGCAGACUCGCAGGCAGGCCCAGGCCCCAUUGCUUGUCACUGUGGAGGGGACACGUAAGUGCCGGAUUCCACGGAGGGAUGGG